AUUUGCGAAAUUUCUAUAUAAAAUAAUGUGGGUAAUUAAUGACUACACAAUGAAAAGAAAAUAAUGAGUUUUUGUUGUUUGUCAUGAGUUAGGGAAUGCUCUUCUGGAUGGAACUAAACCACAGAAGGUUUGUAGUUGUUCUCCCGAGGUGGAAGGGGCGUUAUUCCUUUGUAGCAGUUUGGCAUAGUCCUCUUUUCACCGCAACUAGCUGAAACACUAAUCAUUUCAUUUCUUUUCUUUUUUGUUUUUUUAGUUUGAUGCCAUGAUAAGCGUAGGGAACAUUUCUUUUUCAAAUAGAUCCAAAAGGUAAACUGCUAGCGCUUUGUUGCCUUGUCUGACUUGGUAGUAAUAGAUCUUAGCUAUUUUGCUUCUAAUGCUAACGCUAUUCCUGCUGCCUUUACUAAGUGGAAUGCCACCUUCACAUUCUGCAACUGCUACUGCUUUUGCAGCAGCCAUCGGUCUCCGCUAUGGUUUUGUAGGACCAGUGUUUGCAAUUGCAUUAAUCUUAGAAUGUGUUGUGUAAUCCUCAGACAUACUUAUUCGACAAAGUAAUGAUAUAGUUCUCUGUACAUUUAAAACCCAUAAACUAGUUGCAGUAUUAUUGCACUUUAAGUUUUUAUAGAUAAUACAUUUAUUCUACAUGAUCUUACCAUGUUGUGAGUUAGAGCAUGAGUAUUUGUUGGCAUAAUGUGAUAUAGGUCACACAUAAUAUGGGGUAGCAACCCAAGUGGAUCUUGGCCAGAAUUGUUAAUUAUAUUCUGAUGCAAUGAGAACUGAGUCAUACUUAAAUUUAAAUGAGAUAUUUUUAUUUUUUAUUUUUUUUUUUCAAAAUUUGCCUCGCAUUCAGUAUAUGGAAGUCUCAAUGCCUUCUUUGCAUUCAAAAGAUUAUGACUUAAGGUUGCUUUUGUACCCUAUAAAGGGAUCGACCAUACAGCUUCUUGUAUUCAUCUUGGGAAACUCCUCUCAAUGCUCUGGAUACUGAUGUUUGCCAUUUCCGAGAAAAUGUGCUCAGUCUCUUUUCUUUUCAUUUGCAUGUUUGUUGAUUGUCUUCGUCUUCAUUAUCAUAUUUCUGUAAGUUACUUCCAUAAUGUUCAGUAAAAGGAAAAUGCUUCUUUGGUUACUGUUGGUGUUCAUGAUGACUUUUGCCACUGCCACAAUGGAGUUUUAAUAUGUUAUAGCAGGUGAUGUAUGAUGCAUAUAGUGUAAGAUUACAAGCUGGACCCCCAGAGGAGGUUUUGUGCUCUCUCUUUCUGUGUGUGAGUGCACGGGUGCAUGCGUGUUCCUCCUACCCCUCGUCCAAUCUACUUGUGUGAUUUGGGUAUUGAAUUUUUGAUGUUCUGUUAGCCAGGCAUCUUUUUGGAGAUUUAAAUUGUUUUCUUUUAUGUAUUUGUGUUGGGAUUCCUCAGGUCUUGAAUUAAAAAAUUGCAUUUGAACUUGCUGUUAAACAUCAUCUGGCUGGGAGCAGACCACUACGUGAACUUCUGGGGUAUACCCCUCCUCAGGUUUUGCUGGAAACAUUUCAUUACCGUCAUGUCUAUAAUUAUACUAAUGUUUUGAAGCCCAUGUGCCUCAAUUACUUGAAUUAAGUCAUGGUAAUCAAUUAUCAUCAUGAAAUUUCGUUUAGAGUCAAAUGUUCACUGAACUUUGACUCAUAAUAUGCUUUGGGCUGCCUUUCUCCUUUAUAGCCAAAUUCAAUUUAAAACUUAGGAUCAAUGACUGGUGUACAAGAGAAGAUAGAAUAAGGAAUACUGCAGUGGGGGCAGAUGCCAAGUGGCAGCAAUUGAAAGGAAUUAAACGAGGAAUGUUUGAAAUGAUAUGAGCCAUUACCAUGUGUAGUGCCAGGUGAGUUGAUGCCUGUGAAAAUUAUUUAACGUCAGGACAGUUCAUGAUUGAAGCAUUAUACAGAAGAGUAUUGGUAAAAAUUUGAAGAACUUAGAAAACUUUCUAGAAGAUAUAUACUACGGAAAAACUUAAAAAAUAUGACUUAGUUACUGAAAUUCAUGUUGCUGGGGAAAAAAAAAAAUGAACCAUGAUUUAUGGUUGCCUUGCAUGAUUCUUAAAGUUUGGAAGUGGUAGGAAUUAUCUGUAUAUUGGAGAUUAAAAAAAAAAAAAAAUCUGAGAAUGAAUGUAAUUUUUGAAGAUGGAUUCUUUCAUUUGAUUUUGAUCCCUCCAAUUAACAUAGGAGAUUAUAUCAUGAUGUCUUGAUAGAAGUACGAAUACGAAAGUGACAUGCCAAACUUUCUCCUACUGUGGGAUAAGAAUACAGUUUCACAAAUUGUGAUGGCUUUCUAAAUUUUGCAGUUGUGUUGCAGGUAAUUGCUGGGACUUGUUACAGCAGCAAUUGGCCAUUUGAUUGUUGCAUCGGGUAGUCGAUCUUGAUGCACAGGUUAAUGUCAGCAGAUGCCAUUUGAUUGUAGAAUUGCUUGUGAUUCCAAAUGCCAAACUGGCUUUGUAUGUGUUUUUAUUAGCAUAUUCUGUACUGAAACAACUAUCUUAUUGUUUAAACAGCGAUACAUGAAGAUAUACUUUCUUUGAAUACAAAAAAGAAAAAUAGCAAAUGUUGCUGGAACUUAAGUGUCAAGAAUUUAGCAACUGCACAGCAGUUUAUAUUACUGUAAUUUUAUACAGCUUGGCGUGCAUAUAUUUUACCGCCAUCACCUCGCUUCUUUAAAAGAUUUGAAGUUUUCUCAAUUAGUGGGGUGGUUUGAUUUCAACUAGGGAUUAUCAUACUCUUGACUGCAUAAUCGGUCAGAAUUAUUCACUAUGAUCUAUUCAUGCUGCUCUAGUUGAAAAGCUAGAACCUUCUUCAUUUUUGGCAAUAAAGAAAUAGCACUAAGAAGAUAAGAUGCGAUAAAUAAAAUUAAAAUGAUUAAUUGUGUGACAAAAAGAAGAAACCCUCUUCAGCAAAGCGGGGUAGAACUUUACUAUGUUUGGAUUCAGGGAAGACAUGGAUGGGAAGGAAGGAAAAGAGGAACCAAUCCUCUUGUUUAGAAAAGGUUUAAGCCGAGCAGAGAAAGGGGAUUUGUAGGGGGCUGAAUUUGCCUCAUUUCGACCAUGUAAAAAGGAUCAUAAUACCCUUGUCUCGAGCUCUUAGGUCACUUGGUUGUCAAUCUAAUAUCACUGUUCAUUCACUUUAACUAGAUAAAUGAACAGAAGCAUGCACCCAAAUAAGUUUCGGAACAAAAGCCUGUGCACCUUUGACAAAGAGAGGAAAAAAAAAGCCUAUGAGCGAAGGCGUCAGUAUUAUGUAUUACAGCAACUAUUGAAGGAGAAGGCAAUGGUGCCAAAGUUGUAGUAGCCAUAGAAGUUGGCGGCGGUGACAAUGAGAUGGAGCCAUGCGGGCAGCAGCUGCUUUCACAAUCAUAUAGUUCUUCGUUGUUCUCACUUUCUCCCUCCAGUUUCUUUCACCAGAAACGCCAUUAAUCCAGCGACCUUCUUCCAGUCGCAUUGGCCGAUUCAUUCCUUUUCAUCAUCACCCUUGCACAUUGAUAGGCCAAGACCCAGAUUGUCGAAUGCCUUGGCGGCUCCGUUGAAUGUAUUAUCCGCCGAGAUUAUUCACGCCAAAGUUAUCAAGAACGGUUCCUUUCAAUACUUGCAGCAAGUAAACUAUAUUUUGAAUCUUUAUGUGAAGUCUGGCAAUUUCGGCCAUGCACGAAGACUGUUUGAUGAAAUUCCUCAGAGGGAUGUCCAAACUUGGACCGUUAUGAUUUCAGGUUUUGCUCAUAGCGGUGUCCCCAGAUUGGCAUUUGAUCUCUUUCGUAAGAUGCACGAAGACGGCGUUUUCCCUAACAAAUUUACAUUUUCGAGCAUUUUGAAGUGCUGCUCUAGUUUUGUUGAACUUCGAUUGGGUAAAGCAAUUCACGGGCGGAUACUGCGUUAUGGGAUUGAUUCAGAUAUUGCGCUAAAAAAUUCUCUUCUCCAUCUUUAUGGGAAAUGCGCUGUUUUUGAUUAUGCAGAACGACUAUUUGAAUCAAUGGCUGAAAAAGACACAGUGUCAUGGAAUAUAAUGAUUGCUGCGUAUUCACAGAUCGGAGACAUGGAGAAGUCUAUGGAUUUUUUCAUAAGGUUGCCUUCCAAAGAUGUUGCUACCUGGAAUGUAAUUAUAGAUGGCCACAUUCGUAAUGGUUUUGAAAGACUUGCAUUAAAUCUUCUCUAUGAGAUGGUUGAAACCGUAACAAUAUUCAACAAAGUUACCUUCUCCAUAGCUUUGGUCUUGGCAGCUUCUUUGUCUAUUCUGGAACUGGGGAGACAAAUCCAUGGCAGGGUGCUUAGGAUUGGAACUUGUAAUGAUAAUUUUGUAAGGAAUUCUUUGAUUGAUAUGUAUCGUAAAUGUGGACAGAUGGGGAAGGCAUCAGCAGUUUUCCAAAAUUUGGGUCAAGAUUCAACGAGAAUACAAAUUUCUGAUGUUUCUUGUGAUGAAUCGAUUGCUGCAUCUGUUGCAUGGAGUUCAAUGGUUGCUGGGUAUAUCCAAAAUGGUAGGUUAGAUGAUGCUUUCAAAAUUUUUCAUACUAUGGUUUGUAGAAACAUUGAACUUGACAAGUUCACCCUCACCAGCAUUAUUUCUGCAUGUGGCGAUGCUGGGCUUUUGGAGCUUGGUCAAUUGAUCCAUGCCUAUGUUCUUAAGGUUGGGCAUGGGAUAGAUGUUUUCUUGUGCUCAACCAUGAUUGACAUGUAUGCAAAAUGUGGAAGGCUAGAUGAUGCUUGGUCAAUUUUCACACUUGCUAAUGUUGGGAACGUUGUGCUAUGGACUGCAAUGAUAUCUAGCUGUGCUUCACAUGGGCAAGGGAAGGAGGCUAUUUGGCUUUUUGAGUUAAUGCUGAAUGAGGGGAUCAAACCAAAUGAAGUGACUUUUGUGGGGGUUUUAACAGCAUGCGGUCAUGCAGGUUUGUUUGGAGAAGGCUGCAAGUAUUUUACGUUAAUGAAAGAAGUUUACAGUAUCACGCCUUCAGUUGAGCACUUCACAUGCAUGAUAUAUCUUUUUGGUCGAUCAGGUCGCUUGAACAUGAUAAAGGAUUUUAUUUAUGAGAAUGGUGUCUCUCAUCAGAGUGCAGUAUGGAAAGCAUUUCUUUCUUCUUGCGAAGUUCACAAAAACAUUGAGAUGGCAAGGUGGGUUUCGGAGAAACUUCUGGAACUUGAGCCAGUUGAACCUGGUCCUUAUGUUUUAUUAUCAAACAUCUGCGCAUCCCAUCAUAGAUGGGAGGAGGUAGCAAAUUUGAGGGAUUUGAUGAGAGAAAGGGGAGUUUGGAAGCAGCCUGGUCAAUCUUGGAUUUAGUUGAUGAAUAAUGUCCGAACUUCUGCUGUGCGACUUAGGUCUUCUCCACAAAGCCCAAAUCUGUUACUUGGACAAGCUAAUUAGAAAGCUAAAGGAAAUUCGGUGUACAACUUAUGUGUAAUGCAAGAGGCUGAAGUUGAACAAAAGAUUUGCUUCUUGGUUUCAUUAGUGGCAAACUCACAAUUGCUUAUGGUUUCCUUAAUUUAGUUAUGGACCUAUUCAGAUCAGGAAGAAUCUCUAAGUGCGUGCAGAUUGUCGUAGCUUCAUCGAAUAUACUUCUUAUCUUUAAACAGGGAAAUAGUUGCCACGGAUGUUCCUUGGUUUCACCAUCUUAAGCAUGGAAAUGCUCUUGAGGAGACUACUAGUCUGGGAUGUGAACUACAAGUAAUAAGUCAUUGCAAGAUGCUCCUGAUUUUGUUGCUAGGAUUGAGACAACUGACCAUCUAUUGGUCCAUAUCCUAGGAUUAAAGUGGAGACCGUUGGGUAUUGAGAUUAAGUGUGAUUGAAAGUUCAAGUUGUAAGUAUGAAGAACUUCUGCAGGAUACAGGUAUUCGUUCCUUUUACUUUAUUUAAUACAAUAGGAUACUAUUUCUGAAUAUUGCUACUGUUUCUUGUUCUAUUGCAGUAAACUCUAGUGUUUGCCUAUCUGGUAAGGAUGACUAAUGUGAAAUCUGGCUGCAGAACUAGCCCGUGCAGUGGGACCUAAACCGAGGUUGACCUUGGUUGUACUACAGUCCCAGACCAGUUUGGGCUAGCAUGUUGAAUGGGUUUGAUAUAUUGUGUUGACCCUCUAGCUAAUCUUAAUCCACUCGUUGUAAGUUGAUCUACAAGAAUAAAAAAGGGUUCAAACUGUAGAAUUGAGACUUUCAAAGCAAGGUCUGUAUAAAGGAUUCACAUAGGAAUCCAUUAUGAGGACGCGUUCUCACCAAUAGCCAUGGUUAAGUUCAUUCAAUAUGCUAGAUGAAUCGGGACUUCAAGAGGGAAAAAUGUAUUCAACCUUGAAUAUAUCUAUAUGUUAGUGAGGUGACAAUUUUUAUUAUAUUGACCACAAACAAAAUAUUUGCUUCUUGGUUUCGUAGUGGGAAACUCACAAUGAGAAGGUCUCUAUACUUCAGCAUUGAGGCUUCAGACAUGAUUGUUUUAUUCAAGGAGAGUGUCCUAAACACCUCACAAAGGGAAGCAAUGAGGAGGGUCCCUAUACUUCAAUAGUGGAGGCCUGACAGAAGUCCCUAGGAAAUCAGCAUUGAGCUAUUGUCUUUUAGUCUGGGUGUAAGAACCAUUGUUAUUACAGGUGCAUGAAAGAGUCGUGUUGCUAUCUCCCUCAUAGAGGCCAAUUACCUGGCAGGCUAGCUAUUUUGGAAUAGUUUGGAUUUGGAGUUUCAUAGGAAACUUUGAAUAGUUCCACUAGCACAAAACGUUAUGUGCUUGAAGGAUAAUAAUUCUGUGAUUAGUUAAGUCUACAAACACAAGAGAUAUGAGAAGGGAAUCAAGGAGAUAGCCAAAUAGGAGAUAUAGCUGUGACUAAAAUUGAGCAAUUGUAGGUUUCCAAAAGCUUUAAAAUAUUAAGUCUAAGAAGUAAUAAUAAGAAGUGAUUUGGCUCUUGUACUAAUUGUAGGCUUUGAAAACCACAUGAAGGCAAACUUUUAAAAACAAUAUGGAUCUGUGCAGAUGUUUACCAUUGAUUCUCAUGCAAAAGGAGCCUUAACUAGGCUUGCAGUGACUAGAAUGGAAAGACAACCUUUUCUUUUUUUGGUUGCUGAUGUAAAGUUGAGUUGAAUUUUAUGACACUUUUGUGUUCUUUUAUGGUAGAGGAAGAAGAAAGAGAUGAAACAAGUUUGCCAUAUUUAUCGUAUUGUGCUCUUUAUUUGUCAAAAUCUAUGCCCCAUGUUUUGUGAUACGCCCAAUCCUAACAUAUCUGACCUUUUUAUUUGGUUUGAAAUUGUAUUGAAUAGUUAGUGUUUCUACCCCUAAUGAAACUAUAAUUAGUUUUCUUAUUUGCUUGUUAACCCCUAACGAAUAAAAGAAUUAAGACUUACCAAUAAACUUCAUUGUUUAUAGCAACGUUACCUCAGAAAAAAUAUCAAAAGACUCUUAGUUGUUAUUAUGGAUAAUAAUGAAUAUUAUGAUACAUUUUUUAGUUAUUCUCAACUCUUUUAAGUCUUUUUUUCUUUCAAAUUUAUCCCUCAAAAAAUAUAUAUUCAAUCUUAAAUAUGUUUGUUUGUGAAGUGAUAAUUUCUUAUUAGCUUAUUAAAUAAGAAUUAUAGAAAGCAUAUUGAAUAGGUUUAAAUUGUAAUCUCUUUUAGGAAUGACAAUAUACAUAUGUGACAUUUUUUGACUUUUGUAAAUUGUAGAAAUCUCUUUUAGGGAUGACAAUAUACAUAUGUGACAUUUUUUGACUUUUGUAAAAUAAAGAAUUUUAUGUAGUUGAUGAAGGAAGAUGCAUUGCUUAAUUUACAUCACAUUAUCAUGAUUUAUUUUUAUUUUUUUAUUCUUCACUAAAUAUACAUAAUCCAAAUGGAAUAACAGUAAAACCAGAUUAAUUCUAAUCUAGAACUCAAUCAAAAUCGUGUAAGUUAUAUAAAAAUAGUCAUCUUUGUUUAAUUAGUUGCAAUAAAAUAAUACGAUCCAAUUAAUCCAUCAAAUUAUAUAAUAUAUAAUUAUUAGAUAGAUAGAUGAUUUGUUGUCCACAGGCUAGAGGGGGGGUGGGUUUCACUCCCAGGGUCCACGCCUACUUCUUUUUUAAUUUAUUUGUGUUAGACAAAUUUUAUAUUAUCUAAAUUUUAAUAAAUAUUAGUUGGUUGUAUUUUUUUUAUUGCACAACAAUGUAUGAAAUCUGAAUAGCCUGUCAUCAUUUUUGGAUGUUAUUUUUGUUUUUAUUAUAUCAAUUUCUUGCAUCC